CACAAAACUCACUCUCACUCUCUCACUGUCGGCGAAGUAACUUCUUCACUUUUCCGGCUCUGAUUCUGGUCGGGAAAACAACUCCGGCGGAAAAUGCAGCUCUUUCCGGUCAUGUUGGCUACACUCUGCAUUGUCCUGCAGCUUCUAAUUGGCUCGUCCGCUUUGUCUACGACCAAUCGCCACGUGUCAAACUCUCAUUGGCUUCCCGCAGUAGCUACAUGGUACGGAAGCCCCAACGGCGACGGCAGCGACGGAGGAGCGUGUGGUUACGGUACGUUGGUGGAUGUGAAGCCGUUACACGCGAGGGUUGGAGCCGUGAAUCCUAUUCUCUUCAAAAACGGUGAAGGUUGCGGCGCUUGUUACAAGGUUCGGUGCUUGGACAAGAGCAUUUGUUCACGGAGAGCCGUCACCGUCAUAAUCACCGAUGAGUGUCCCGGCUGCUCUAAAACCAGCACUCACUUCGACCUUAGUGGCGCCGUCUUCGGCCGCUUGGCUAUUGCCGGAGAGUCUGGCCCUCUCCGUAACCGUGGGCUAAUCCCCGUCAUAUAUCGCCGGACUGCAUGCAAAUAUAGAGGGAAGAACAUAGCGUUCCAUGUGAACGAAGGAUCAACUGAUUUUUGGCUAUCUUUGCUGGUCGAGUUUGAAGACGGAGAAGGAGACAUUGGCUCCAUGCACAUUCGCCAAGCAGGAGCGAGGGAAUGGUUAGAGAUGAAGCAUGUAUGGGGAGCCAACUGGUGCAUCGUUGGAGGACCACUCAAGGGACCAUUCUCCAUAAAGCUCACCACUUUGUCUGCCGGUAAAACUCUCUCCGCCACCGACGUUGUCCCUAGAAACUGGACUCCCAAAGCAACUUACAGUUCCCGCCUCAACUUCUCCCCCGUUCUCUGAACCAACUCUUCUACAUAGUCAAAGACUAUUAUUGUUCCUAUUAUACUAUUACUCGUGUGAUCGUUUUUUGAAGAGAGAAACAGAGUGACUGCUGGCCGAAGGAUGGAAACAAUAAGAAAAAGUACAUCCGAAU